AUGCGCGAGCGCCUCUACAUCGUCGGUUUCCGCGUGCGCGUUGGAGACAGCGAGCGGAUGUCGGACGCAUUCCAUUCCGCGCUGCCAAGGCUCCACAUCCAGCCGCCUCCAAUCGAGAGGGCGACGGGCGGCCUUGCCGCGGACGCCCCGACCCUCGCUUGCAGCGCCGAGCUCUUCUGCCGCUGGAUGGGCGCCGACGGGGCCCAGCGCUGUCGCCAUCUGCCCGGGGCCGCCGCCAUGUGGAUCAUCGGGCAUGGCGAGGUCCACUGCGAGCACUCGGACAGCUUCUUGCGGCGCCUUGCAGGCAACGCGUUCAAUGGCUACACCAUUGCGGCAGUCAUUUUCGCCGCGACGACUGCCCUCGGCAGGAAUUAG